AUGCCGGUUUUCAUGGUGAACACAAAUUAUGCCAAAGCUUCCGUGCCAGCUGCACUUCUAUCUGAAGCUACGGUGGAACUGUCCAAAGCCAUGGGAAAUCCAGGACCUGAGUUGAGUUUCAAAAUCUAGUAAUAAUAAUAUAAUAGAACCCAUUUCAAGUACAGUGUUGCAUACUGUGUCAACUUUUCCAUAACUCACAAACAUGUAGUAGGAAUGAAUAAAUGAAAUGUAACUAAAAUAUAUAGCUCUAAUCUGUACCUAAAACAAGUAGGUCCCGCGCCAGCUUAGAACUGAAGGUCAUCUGGGAAAAAUGGUGUGACUGUUUUCCUGUCAUCAUACUAUUGAUUAUUCACAUUGUAUUAAGCCCUUAAAGUAAAUAACAGCGCCUUGACACUGCUUGACACAAGUCUCCCUUGUUUUCUGCUGAACUGUUUCAUUCACAUCCUUCCAGACCAGAUGAUAAUGUUUGGGGGAACCACUGCCCCCUGUUCACAUGGUUCUAUCCACAGUAUUGGAGUUAUCAGUGAGGAACAGAACCUGCAGUACUCUAAACUACUGUGUGGACGCUCAACAAAGACCUGGGCACCGCGCCUAACAGGUACAGAACACGCACACACACACCAGUCAAAUUGAAACACUUUGACCCAUUCCAUUUGUCUCUGUCUCAGGAUCUACAUUAACUUCUUUAAAAUGGAGACCCAAAAUGUGGCCUGGGAUAGCACAAUGUUCUGUGUUGUUCUUGCAUCGAAUAAAUGAAAUAAGAGUAGAUUAAUUAAAUAUCCAAUCAAAUCGAGAGACGGCAAUUACAUGGCUCUUUUAUUUGAUAUUACAAAAAAGUGAAUCCUUGAUUAUUAUGUGAUGUUUUGAGUGUUUCAUCUAUAAACAUGAAAACCAAGCAAGAAGAUGUAGUUUUACAGCUCAUAGUCAGUCUAAUAGUCUGCAUUAUCAGGGAAAGAUUAUUGUAUUUCAGCUCCUGAAGUCAAACAGUCAUGGACAGGCAAAUACAGCUGGUUAUUUACUUGGGAUAGCAAUGUUGAGAAUGUUGAACAAUUGAGAGAAGAGCAGUGAAGUUGAAUGGAAAAUGCACACUCUGGUGGCAGGAACUAGGAAGUAGGAAGUAGUAUCAAAGACAAUACAAACUCUGUGGUAGUAUCAUGGUCCAUUGGCAGUCUAUAGAGGGCAUAUAAACGCACCAAUUGCAAACUACUUCCUGCUAAGGAGAAGCAUGCAUUUCAGAGGCCACACCCCAUUCACAUGGACACACAAUCAAAACUUUUUUUAAGUGUAGCACUGUAAAGCUACAUUUCCUGUGUUAAGGAGUAUAAUUAAAGUAACCAUCCAUGUCUGUUUUCCUGGUGAGCACAAAUGUAACCAAGGCUGCUGUCCCAGCGGCACUUCUGUCUGAAGCAACAUAAGAACUGGCCAAAGCCAUGGGGAAAAACAGCAGAGUUAACUUUGAAACAUGUAGAGAAACUACAUUAUAAUACAACAUUGCAGUGUUAUACUCACAAUUAUCCUAUUAAAUUACUAAUAUGUAAUUCAUGGUUAUAUUGUUGUUUUGUCUUCUGCAGUUUUGUUGUUCACAUCGUGCCAGAUCAGCUGAUGACAUUCGGGGGAACGACCGCCCACUGUGCCCACUCCUCCCUCCACAGUAUUGGAGCUAUAAGUGAGGAACAGAACCUGCAGUAUUCCACACUACUCUGUGGACUGCUCAACAAACACCUGGGAAUUACCCCCAACCGGUACAGAACCAAAACACCCACUCUACAGCAGUCAGCCUCUCACUCACUCACACACACACACACACACACACAUUGACCCAAGCUGAUCCAUCUCUCUGUUUCAGGAUCUACAUUAACUUCUUUGAAAUGGAGGCACAAAACAUGGCCUGUCACAACACAGCAUUGAAGGUUUUCUUUGAAGCUUAUCAUGCCUAG